UCAAUUAGAGACGGAUCGGCCUGGGAUCGAGGCUAGAGCUGACCCUCCUCUGCUUGAUCGGUACGCGGUCGACAACAUAAUUAAUUAUGUCGGAUAAAGUGAAAAAGCCGUUGUUUAGGGACAUAGAUGCUUCAGAAGAUAUAGACGACUUAGAGUCUACUGAAAUAGAAAGUCUCUGUAUGUCCUGUGGUAAUGAUGGUGUAACAAAGUUGCUGCUCACAAAGAUACCUCUGUUCCAUGAGGUUGUGCUAAUGUCAUUUAGCUGCCCUCAUUGCCACUACUCUGAUAGUGAGAUACAACCAGGUGGUCCGAUUCAAGAUGAGGGAGUAAGGUAUACCCUCAAGGCCUGCAAAAUUGAAGACCUUAAUCGUCUGAUGGUCAAAGGUGAUACUGCACAUGUCAGAAUACCCCACCUGGACUUUGAGAUACCACCCAAUACCCAGAAAGGAAAAGUGAGCACUGUAGAAAGUAUCCUCCGUCAAGCAGUUGACGACAUAGAGAAAGAGCAACCCGCAAGAAAGUUACUACAUCCUGACCUGGCUGAAAAGUUGGACAGUUUCGUUUUACAUUUGAAGAAAUGUCUCAACUUGGUUGAACCAUUCGUAAUUGAGUUGGAUGAUCCCUCAGGAAAUAGCUUUGUUGAGAAUAAGUUGGCUCCUGAUUAUGAUCCCAACCUCUCUGUUGUAAACUACACCCGCUCUUUUGAGCAAGACCAAUUUUUGGGCUUAUCAGCUCCCGCUCCAGAGGACGUUGAGGACGUUGAGGAAGGUGCAUCUGAAGUGUUUAGCUUUCAAACAAAUUGCUGUCUAUGUCACUCUCCAACAGAAACAAGGAUGAAAACCUUAGAUGUACCACACUUUAAGGAAGUGAUAAUAAUGGCGUCAGUCUGUGACUAUUGUGGAUAUAAGAGCAAUGAGGUUAAGUCAGGAGCUGGGAUGUCGGCCACUGGAAUAAGACUGGCAUUGCAUAUUACUGAUAUCACUGAUCUAAGCAGAGAUAUCUUGAAGUCUGAGACCUGCUCAUUGGAAAUUCCUGAGUUGCAGCUCGAACUGCAAGCUGGGACUCUUGGUGGACAGUUCACAACGGUAGAAGGUAUACUUGCUCGAAUCAAAGAACAACUGUCAACAUCUCAUCCGUUUGUUGUUGGAGACAGCAGUGAUUCCGACUCAAAGAUGAAGAUCUUCAACGAGGAUUUACAAUUGGUAAUUGAUGGCAAGCGUUUAAAUGUUCACUUUAUACUGGAUGACCCUGCAGGAAAUAGUUACAUACAGAAUACGAAUGCACCUGAUGAUGACCCAGAAUUGACUGUUGAAAAUUAUGAGAGAAACUUUCAGCAAAAUGAAGAACUUGGACUAAAUGAUAUGAAGACAGAGAACUACUAAAAACUGUAUUUAAAAUAGGACUUCUAAAAAUGAUUAUAAUUAUCGCUAAUGUUUAUGAAACAGACGUCCUACAAGAAAUAAUUAAUUACUAGUACAGUAUAA